AUGAUUCCGAAACCACUUAUGCUAUCUUCAAAGGCAAAUUUAAAUCAACCCAACAUAAUAAGGCAAUUCACCAGUCUACUAGGUAAAGAUAUCAGCAAAUUAAAUUUAAAUGAUCUUCAACAAGAUUCGCUAAAGAAAGAACAAGAUGAAAAUAAGGACCAAUAUGAAAAUAGCAGGAUCAAGCUCAUAAAUUCAUUGAUAGGUUCUUCAAACCCAAACAAAAAGCAAUUACUACAAAAAUUAAUACCGAAUUUUUCAACUUUUUUCAAAUAUACAUCCAUGUUUUCUAAAAUUGAAAAUGAAUUGUUACUAAAUCACUUUAUUCAAUUAAAUCCAGAAAGGGUUAUUUCAAAUCAGGAAAUCCUAGAAAUAUAUCUACUACCUUUGGAAGAUUCAGAGAUCAAGCAACAAAUCUUGAAUAAGUUAAUUGAAAAAUUUGGUCAAAAUGAAGAUCAGGAAUUUUCAUCAAUUGAUUUCAUUAUUGAAUUCAUGAAUAAACACAACUUAAGUGAACUUAUAGAAUUUAAUGUAAUUAAUAGUUUGUUUCAGACUUUGUUGAAGAAUGGGAAUGUUGAAGAAUUGAUCAAAUUUACUGACAAAAUAAAUACUUCACACGAAAUGAUGUUUAAAAUUUUAACGAACAACUCAAUAAAUGAUAAUGCACUAUUGGGUAAAUUUUUAUUUUUACGAUAUAUCGAUAAAGUUUUCAAGUUUGAUUCAAAGUCAAUUAGUAACAUAAAUUACACUAUUGCAUUAUACAUAAUAAAUUAUGAUAUGAUUGAAGUUACAAAAAGUUUCGAAAAACAUCUCAGUGAUGACUUGAAUAAGUUAGGUACAGCAUUAAUAAACCACAUAAAUGAAUCCAAAAUAGAUAUAGAACCAAAAAAUCUACCAUUAAGAAAAUUGAUAAUUGAAAAUUUUGGUAUAGUCCAACAAGAUACUAAAAAAUUAUUAUCCAAAUAUCACGAAUAUGAAUCAAAAGCAUCAUAUGGAAUACAAAUUGUUCUAUUAUCUGUAGUUAAAUCAUUUGCUUACUUAUCGAUAUUGAAUAAUUCGGAAAUUGAUAAAAAAAUUGCUGAAACUUUACAACCUUCAACUAUUACUGUUCAUUUAUUACAAAUUUUAAUUAUCAUGAAAUCUUAUUUUAACAUCGAAGAUGGUUUAAACUUGUAUAACCAGUAUAUUAAUGAACUUUCCAAUAAAGUUAAUGAACUAGGUUUUUCACAACGAGGAUUAAUUACCAAAUCGAUUAUAUUGGGAUUUCUAAUAAACAAUGAUAAAAAUUUUGCAUGGUUGAUAUUUGAAAAAUCUAUUGAAAAAGGUAUUUUAGCUGAUGAAUUGGAAAUAUCAAAUAUCAAAAAAUUAUUUAAACAGUAUAGUGAUUGUUUUGAUGUUGCCAAUGAAAAAUGGGAAAAUGAAGCUGAGUUAAAAAUGAAAAAUAUUGUUUUGGAAUAUGUUAAAGAUAUUGGUAAAUUGGAUUUAAAAUAUUUAAUUGAAUAA